GAAUAAUAAUAACAAACAGCCCUUGUAGAAGUCGAUUAAAAAUAGAGGCCACACACCGUACUUAAUUAGUUUUCUCAUAAAACGAAAAUCCUGUUUCGGCCACUUCGUAAUAGAAAUAGAUAGUAAAGACGUUAGGAGGGGGAAGUGGCACAACGGGUCAUUAAUUCCGGUUCAGUUGCGCCACACAUUAGUGUUGCUAAGCAGUUCUCAAAAUACAAUAUAAUGUUUUUAAUAACGAUAUUGCUUAUAUUUGUUACAUGGGUGUACUGUAAAUUAUCUUGCGGAAUAUGUAAGAAUAGCAGACAUUUGGUUGGAAAAACGAUUAUUGUGACCGGAGGUAAUGCUGGCAUCGGAUACGAGACUGCAAAGGAUUUGGCGGGGAGAGGGGCGAGGGUCAUUCUGGCCUGCAGGAACGAGGCGCGCGGCGUUACCGCCAGGGACCGGAUUGUGGCUGCUACUGCCAACCCCGACGUACACUACCGACACCUCGACCUCGCGUCCUUACACUCGGUCAGACACUUCGCAGACGCCAUCAUCAAAACCGAAAAACGCCUCGACGUUCUCAUAAAUAAUGCAGGCUGCUACGCAGCCUAUUUCCAAUACACUGAAGACGGCUUGUUGCUUCAAAUGCAGAACAAUUACUUUGGACCUUUUCUACUGACCAAUUUACUGCUUCCGCUAUUAAAAAGUUCAGCUCCCAGUCGCAUUAUAAACGUUUCUUCCCUCGCGCAUGUGGGAGGUGUUAUCGACUUCGAUAAUCUUAAUGGAGAAAAGGAAACCAAAAACACUUACAACGAACUGAAAGUCUACUGCAUUUCAAAGCUGUGCAACAUAUUAACGACAGUAGAAUUAGAACGGCGGUUAAAAGGAACGGGUGUCACAGUUAACUGCCUACAUCCUGGAAUUGUGGCAACAGGGUUUGGAAGUGAUAACUGGCUGGCAUCAAGCUUCCUAUUUUACCUAAAGGCCUUUUGGAAGAGUCCGUGGGAAGGAGCGCAGACAACGAUCCACCUUGCCGUGACGCCGGAGUUAGCAACAACUAGUGGACGAUAUUUCGAAGACUGUGCUGAAGUGUUACCCAGCAAACAAGCGCAAGAUGUUAAUUUGGCCCGAAGACUUUGGGAAGAAUCGGAGAUAUUAGUACAAUUCAAAGCUUCUGCCGCGUGAGUGAAUAAUUUUUUUACAUGCCUAAAGGGUGCCAAAGAUGUUUUCCCGGUUUUACUAAGUAGAAAUUAAGAGAAUAGAUUCAUAUGAAGUAACACUCCCUAAUAUUGAAAUUCUUCA